AUGGUGGAAAUAUUAAUCAGAAAUAUCCAGACUGCCAACUUGUUCUUCUCCUCCUUGGCUUUAACCAUCUUGGUGAUAGGAACCAUCACAGAAAAAUGGAUUGAACUGAAGUUGGAAGCAGAAAAACUCACAAUAAACCACAGUCCCUGGAUGCUAUGUUGCAUUACGAUUUGGCCAGAAGAUGACCUGGAAGUGGUCAGGAUCAUGAUGAUUUUGACCAUCAGUUUUUCCUUCCUCCUUAACUUGGCCCUGGGUAUGGAAUUCACCUAUCUGAUUCCUCACACCAAAUAUAUCCACAUCUUCACUGCCUUCUUCAGUUUCCUCACAGGUAUCCUCCUGCUCUCUGCACUCGUGCUGUAUCACAAUAAGCUAAGGCAAGGUCAAUCCGUAUACUACUCCAGUUACGAGAUCACCUGGGUCGCUUACACUGCCUAUGUAAAUGUCACCUUCAUUGUUAUCUGUGGAAUCCUCUCUAUCUUAAACUAUUUGCAGUUUGUCAAGCGCUUUACUUUGCUGAACAUCAUCAGAAAAUCUGUUAAAGAAAGUAAUGAAGUACCUCAAUCUAGGGAUUCUAUCCAAGUUAUUUCAACAGUAGAUCCCACUACAAUGCCUCGUAGCAUUGUCCGUCUGCCCUCCAUGAGUGGAAAGGAAGACGUUCUAAGAAAAUCACCACGUGUUCAAGCACGUCGUGUAACCUGGGCUCUAUAA